AUGAUUUUAGGAAUUAUUGAAGACGUUUUGCGUCCAUUAAAGAAACCUCGAGAAUGGAAGGUCUUAAUAGUCGAUCAUCUUGGCACUCGAAUCUUGUCAGCUUGUUGUAAAAUGCACGAAUUAGUCAAUGAAGGCAUAACUGUGGUGGAAAACUUAUCUAGAGUUCGUCAACCGUUAUCAAAGAUGGAAUCUAUCUAUUUAAUUACACCAACAGAAGAGUCUAUCGAUAAAAUCAUCGCGGAUUUCAGCGAAUCAAGCAAACCUCAUUAUAAGUGUGCUCACGUUUUUUAUACUGAGGCGUGUCCAGAUGAAUUAUUUCAAAAAUUUUCCAAGUCACCUGCGGCAAAAUAUGUGAAGACUUUGAAAGAAAUCAAUAUAUCAUUUUUACCUAUUGAAUCGCAAGUUUUCAGUCUGGACUAUCCGGAUAUUUUACCGAAUUUUUACGGUAGUAUUGCUCAAUCACGAACGAAAUGCAUGGAGAGAAUGGCAGAGCAACUAGCAACUUUGUGUGCUACCCUUGGAGAGUAUCCCAUAGUUAGAUAUAAUAGGGACCACGAAUCUGUCGCGGAAUUUACUCAGAUGUUUCAAGGCAAAUUAGACGCUUAUAAAGCUGAUGAUCCAUCAAUGGGCGAUACUCCUGAAAAGUUGAAAUCACAGCUGGUAAUCCUUGACAGGGGAUUUGAUCCAGUAUCGCCAAUCCUCCAUGAAUGCUACUUUCAGGCGAUGGCUUACGAUCUUCUCCCAAUCGAAAAUGAUGUUUAUAGAUACGCAACAAACUCCGGUCCGGCACAAACCGAAAUGGAAAAAAAGGCUCUUCUUGACGAAAGCAAUGAAUUAUGGGUUAAGCUUCGCCAUGAACACAUUGCCGUUGUUUCACAAAAUGUAACGACAGAGCUUAAAAAGUUUGCUGAUACCAAGAGGAUGGCUGGUAAAGAUAGGGCUUCUAUGAGAGAUUUAUCACAGAUGUUGAAAAAGAUGCCACAGUAUCAAAAGGAAUUAAGUAGAUACUCCCUCUAUUUGCAUCUGGCUGAAGACUGUAUGAAACGUUUUAAGGAAAAAAUCGAUAAACUAGUUAGAGUUGAACAAGAUUUAGCCACUGGUACUGACGCUGACGGAGAAAGAGUAAAAGAUCCUAUGAAGAAUAUAGUACCUAUUAUGCUUGAUCAAGAUGUUAGCCCAUUGGACAAAAUAAGGGUUAUUUUGCUGCUGACCUUUGCUAAAAAUGGUCAAUCGGAGGAGAAUCGAGAAAAAUUAAUUAAGCACGCAAAUAUUCCAACUGUUGAUCGUGAAAUCAUAACGAAAAUGAGCCGUCUCGGAGUAAAAAUCGAUGACAAAGAUCGUUCUAGAAGAUCGAAAAUUGAGCGACGUGAUCGUUCUGGCCAAGUUACUUAUCAAAGUUCGCGCUGGAUACCACUAAUAACAGAUGUUAUGCAGGAUGCGAUUGAUGAUAAAUUAGACACGAAGGCAUUUCCUUUCAUAUCGGGGCAGCAAAGUACUGGAGUUGGUAUUGCCCGUCCUAAAAAAUAUGGUUGGGGAAAGGAUAAAAGCGCGGAGAAUAGAACUGGUCCGCGAUUGAUUAUCUUUGUUAUUGGUGGAAUGAGUUAUUCAGAGAUGAGAGCUGCUUAUGAAGUUAGCAAAGCUAAAAAGGAUUGGGAAGUGAUCAUUGGUUCAACUCAUUUGCUGACGCCGGAACUAUUCUUAAAUUCGUUAAGGAAUCUCGACUCUAAUGAAUAA